CACCCGGGCGGCUGCAGUGGAUAGACCGUGUGAGCGCGCACGCAGAUGUGUCAGCGCUGGUUUGACGGACUGCGGGAAAACCGCUCGCUCGGUCACGAGCUACGGAAACUAACACAUCUGAUUGAGUGAGUGGAUUUGCGCGAGAUUAAUCCCACGCGAGCUGGUCUGAACCACAUCCAUCCACCCGGUCCCUCCACCGGUCUGCGUCCCCCUCCCCCGUUCGGUGUGAGGCACCGGCCCGCUCUUUUCGGCGCUGACUCUGCUCGGCUGUGACACUACCGGCCGAUCAGCACCGAACACCGGCUCUCUCUCUUUCACAUGGGCGGAGACGAGGAGGGGUUAAGCGCCCGGAGAAACCGCGGAGGGAACGAGGAGAGCGGAGAGCGUGCAGCGCCCCUGGACCCGGACAGAGAGAGGAGAUAUGCGGAGCUGUUCGAGCAGCUGGACUUGAAUAAAGAUGGCAGAGUAGACAUCAGCGAACUGAGGACCGGACUGGCAGCUCGUGGUUUACACCGGGGAGAGGCAGAGGAGAUCGUCCUCGAGAGCGACAUCAACCAUGAUGGUCUGCUGGACUUCCAGGAGUUCUCUCAGUACCUGCGGGCUCACGAGAAAAGGCUCCAGCACAUGUUUCACAGCCUUGACCACAACAAUGAUGGUCGGAUUGACGUGGGGGAGAUCCAGCACUCUCUGCACAAACUUGGAGUUGAAGUCACCACGCAGCAGGCAACCAGAAUACUGCAGAGUAUGGACAGGGAUGGGACUACGACCAUCGACUGGAAUGAAUGGCGAGAUCACUUCCUGUUUAACCCCUUCCACAACAUGGAGGAGAUUGUCCACCACUGGAAGCACUCCCAUAUGUUUGACAUUGGGGAACAUCUGACAGUGCCUGAUGAGUUCUCAGAGCGGGAGCGGCGGUCAGGUCUAGUGUGGAGGCAGCUGGUGGCCGGAGCCAUGGCAGGGGCAGUGUCCCGGACAGGAACUGCUCCUCUAGAUCGCCUCAAAGUCUUCCUGCAGGUACACGGCUCUACGUCUCGAGGGAUUAAUCUGUGCUCUGGACUGAGGGGAAUGGUCAAAGAGGGAGGCGUCGUGUCACUCUGGAGGGGAAAUGGUAUCAAUGUCCUCAAGAUUGCCCCUGAAUCUGCCAUUAAGUUUAUGGCCUAUGAGCAGAUCAAGUGGGUGAUCCGGGGCAAUAGAGAGGGGGGCAGUUUGAGGGUACAGGAGAGGUUCAUUGCUGGCUCUCUGGCAGGAGCUACUGCCCAGACCAUCAUCUACCCAUUGGAGGUGCUGAAGACUCGUCUUACAUUAAGGAAGACAGGGCAAUACUCAGGUUUGGCUGAUUGUGCCCGACAGAUCCUGAAGAAAGAGGGGGUCCGAGCUUUCUACAGGGGCUACCUUCCAAACACUCUGGGCAUCAUCCCCUAUGCUGGCAUUGACUUGGCUGUAUAUGAGACUUUGAAGAACGCCUGGCUCCAGAGAUACUGUGUAAAUUCAGCAGAUCCAGGAGUUUUGGUCCUUCUGGGCUGUGGCACCACCUCCAGCACUUGUGGUCAGCUGGCAUCCUAUCCUCUCGCUCUCAUCCGCACACGCAUGCAGGCGCAAGCCACUACUGAGGGUAAACCCAAGCUGACGAUGGCGGGCCAGUUCAAGUACAUCAUAUCUCAUGAAGGUGUACAGGGCCUGUAUCGCGGCAUCACCCCCAACUUCCUCAAAGUCAUUCCUGCAGUCAGCAUCUCCUACGUUGUGUAUGAGCACAUGAAGAAAGCCCUCGGGGUGGUUAACUAGACUGAGACAAAAAUAAGCGACAUCAAGGAAAAAAGACAGAAAUGGGAAAGACUCAUUACACAAGUGAGAAGCGGAGCAGAGGUGAUGGUGCAGCUUCUCAGACUGAAGAUGAACUGGAGGAAAUGGCUGGAAGUCUAGGAAAAGGAGAAGAGAAAGGAGCCAUUUUUCAGAUUGGGAUGGUUCUGCUAGAGUUUACACUGCACUUUCUGUUAACACAUUCAGGUUCCAGCUUGGGUAACUUGCGGGUCAUCUGCCUGUACAUCAAAUUUCUUUGGCAAUAUGACUGAAAUUAAUGUUUAUCCUCUCUUAAACUAUUUUACCACAUGCAUACAUACAAUGCAUUAACUUCAAGUAUAUUUUAAAUUACACCCUGCUCCAGUGCACACAGCUUAACAAUAUAGGAAUUUUUACAGAUUGCGGUCUAAUAAAACGCUGGAUGUGACUUUCUAA